AUGAAAAAGGGAGUGCCUAACAAGCUGUUUGCCGGUUGCUGUUACAACGCCAUUUUCAACCUUCUCGACUUUGCAGCCGGCGUCGUACCAUUCACAAACGUUUCUGAGGACGAUGAGAAGGAGCUAGCGUCUUACCCAGAGAAGGACCCGUGGGAUAAACUGAUAAAAGCCGACUCCAAGGGAUGCGUCGGCCUACCAGUGGGAAUACAAGUGGCAGUUCCUCCUUAUAGAGAAGAACUCGGCCUCCGCCUUCUGCAAGAACUUGAGCUGAACCGACCGAACAAACCUGAAUAA